GAGCAGCACUCCCUUCGCGAAAGAAAGCGCAGACUACAACUCCCAGCGUCCGCUGCUGGGGCCAAGGACUGCUAUUCCCAGCAAGCCCCGCGCUUUGGAGCUACGAAGGGCGGAGCGACAACAUGGCGGCGCCGGGAGCAGGUGAUUCUCUCGAUGCCAAGGGUGGAAAGACCCCAGUGGCUCAGCGCAUCGACCCGACUCGGGAGAAGCUGACACCCGCACAGCUGCAGUUCAUGCGGCAGGUGCAGCUCGCCCAGUGGCAGAAGACUUUACCACAGCGGCGGACCCGGAACAUCGUGACCGGCCUUGGCAUUGGGGCCCUGGUGUUAGCUAUUUAUGGUUACACCUUCUACUCCGUGUCCCAGGAGCGUUUCCUAGAUGAGCUGGAGGACGAGGCCAAAGCUGCCCGAGCCCGAGCCAUGGCGAGGGCAUCGGGAUCCUGAACCAGAUGGGCACUGCGCCAUCCCCAACCUGCUGGAGCCCCUUCACAUGGUGGAUGAUGCCCUAUGACCCUGUGGAAAUCAAAACCUGCAGACAGCUUUGCUGACCUCAACCAUGGACGAUGAUUGAGCCCAAGAAGCCAGGGGUUUAUUGCAUUUGGCCUGGACAAGGGAAUAUUGGCCACUUCACACUCACUGUGUCCAGUCACUGAGCCCUUCUUAUAGUUUGUUUCCUUACUUGAGAAUUGUAUGACCUUGGCUUUUCUCAGUCUUUCUAACUUUGUGGUUUACCUUCUCCUCCUCCCAGGGGCUCUCAUAGGGGUGGGGGUGGCAGCUCUGUGUAGUGUUGGAGCCUAACGUGGAAAAGAUGGGGUUAGGUUCACAAUAAUAAACUGAGUCACCUCUCUUGGAGACAAA